GCAGAUGAGGCUCCCUUCCACGCCAACUCUCAGUACAACAAUGCGGAGUUGGGAAAAUAUGUCACACAAACCUUCAAAUCCAAUCCACACGUCACAGCAGUCCCGGUCGUCAACUUCAUGAAACCUUUCACCAAUUGCGAUGACGGUUCUUAUCUCUUCAUCGCGCCGCGCGGCACUGUUGCAGAAUCGACCCCAAUGAUCCUGGACAUCACCGGUUCUCCUGUCUGGGCUUCAACAAAACGUUAUGGAGAAGUCUACAACCUCCAAGUUCAGUCGUACAAGGGGUCACCAUACUUGACAUUCUGGGGAGGCAACGAUGCUGUCGGUGGCCACGGAAUCGGAGAGUACCUCAUGCUGGAUCAACGAUACAAUCAGCGAUACAGCAUCAAGGCCGCGAACGGUCUAGGUGCAGAUCUACACGCAUUCGCCCUCACAGAAGACGGCACUGCUCUGAUCAGCAUUUACGCAAAGAAGGCCACCGACGUCGAUAGCGUAGUCGGCCAUCAUCGAGAAGGAUGGAUCUGGGACUCCAUCUUCCAAGAACUCGACAUCGAAACCGGAGAGGCAAUUUUCGAAUGGAGAGCUUCAGAGCACAUCGACGUCUCAAAAUCCUACACCGACAUCAACGAAGCCACCGAAGACGCCCCAUGGGACGUCUACCACAUCAAUAGCGUCGAAAAAGACGCCGAAGGUAACUAUCUAAUCUCCAUCCGCUUCCUCCGCGCCAUCCUCUACAUCGACGGGAAAACGGGCGACGUCCUCUGGCAACUCGGCGGAAAAGACAACUCCUUCACCGAUCUCUCCUCAGGCGACGCCACGACCUCUCUCGGCCAACACGACGCCCAUUGGCACAUCAAAGACGGCAAAAAGUUCAUCACCUUCUUCGACAACCGCGCCGACUGGUUCCAGUCCAUAUCCCAAGAAUCCUUCGGCAAACGCAUCGAACUCAACCUCUCCUCAAUGACCGCCCGCCUCGACCACGCCUUCUCCGACCCUCUCACAAAAAUCUUAUCCACGUCGCAAGGCUCCUACCAAACCCUGCCCAACAACCACGUCCUCUUAGGCUACGGCUUCAACGGCGCCAUGGCCGAAUUCUCGGAACAAGGAGAAUUAUUGUGUGACGCGUAUUUCCAACCUUCGAGUACAUUCGGCAGCGGCGAUGUGCAGAGUUAUCGGAAUUUGAAAUUUAAUUGGACGGCGUAUCCCGGAGAUAGUCCGUUGUUGGUGUUUGAGGGGGAGGUUUUGUUUUUUUCUUGGAAUGGGGCGACGGAGGUGGUGACUUGGUUGUUGUUGGGGAAUGAGUAUCGUGAGGAGUUGCUGCAGAGCCGUGCGGUCGAGGAUGCGAUUGUUGUUCCGAAGAUGGGGUUUGAGACGCGAUAUCCAGUGCUUGAAGGGGAUGGGGUGAAGCGUUUUGUGAGAGUUGUUGCGUUGGAUAAAGAGGGGCGAUCCCUUGGCACUUCC